AUGAUAGUUCAUCUCGAGGUGCCCGGGUCGAAGGAAAUACGGAAGUUCACCUUGGAUCCCAACCCAAUCUCUCAACAGAAGGCAUACCUUUGUAGGGGAACAAGUUGCUAUAAAGACAGAGCACUCAGCUGUGCGGUCAAAUUCUCGUGGAGAAUAUGCGACGGGCUCUCAGAGAUUGAGCUUCUUGAGAUGGUGGACAAUAUACCUGGGAUGGCAAAGAUUCUUGGAUCAGUUGAUCUGGUAAAUAUCAGCCAGCUUCGCGAAGGUCUUCUAUUCACCAAGAGCAUGGUCAAAGACACUUGUCCGACGGAGAAGAUCAUGACUACGCCAUACGACUUAAGUGGAAAGAUGACACGGAUUCCGAAGGAAAGCGUGAAUAAUCAACUGAGCCGAAAGCGAAAGAGGGAGGCACUUCAAGCUGAAAGAGAGAUGGCUGGAUCAAUUAAAAAAGCGCCAUCAAUGCAAGAAAGUGGGCAAAAUCAUUACGUUGCAAUGGAAGUUCUUACUAACUGCAACACAGAUACAACCGUGACCCAACAAGUUACGGAAUUGAACCCACAUGUUUCCUCAUUGCAGUCGCUCAAAAUUCCAAACUGUGGCAGGAUAAUGAUCGUGGAAGGCUCUGCUCAUUCAGACAAUCAGUCUACAGGCGAAAAAAGGAAAACUUUCGGUGAUGCCGAAGUAAACGACAGAAUGAAGAGAAUUCAACUUUCAAGUAACGCCGGCUUAAUUGCGAUUAAUAAUUCUGCGGGACCAAGUACACUUCCCGGAAUGGCUUCAAAUCCACCAAAAUCAAGUGUCAAUAUCAGAUCUAGUAUAUCUAGAGCUGGAAAAGAGUCUGUCACGAAGCCGGUAAAAAUGGUAAACACUGAAGUCAUAAUUCCACGUGACCGUCAAUUUACCGCUGCCGGGAUCUCGCCUUACGGGCGGCCGAUUGAUAAGUUUAGAUCGGCGCUGGAACUGAUCAUCGGGAUUAGCGAUGCCAUCAAGGCGCAUCGGUCAUUACUGAUGGACGCUAAGAUAUUACAUCGUGACAUCUCGGUGAAUAAUAUUCUAUCGACUGGAAUUGAGAAGAUUGAUAAGCUCGGUGGUGUCUUGAUAGAUCUAGACUUGGCGACAUUGUUGAAAGAUGGAAAAGUUCAAGAAAAAGCUCGAGUGAUGACAGGUACCAUGCAAUUCAUUGCACUCGAAAUCCUGAGUAAUAGCUUUGCAACAAUAGGUAGUUUUGAAAAAGUCUUGUUUAAAUUUUCGCCGAUGUUUGAUGAUGUUAAGGGUCUAGCUGAGGAAUUCAGGGACAUAUUAUUUAAUUCAAAAAUAAAGACACGAACAGGAAAUUUAGAGGACCCCAACAAACUAUACGAACCCAUCAUUGCGGCGUUUGAUAGAGCUAUUCAGGCAUUGAAAGUAUCACAAGCGAAACAGCCUGAAAACGCGACAUCUACCGAACCUGAAUCUUAG